AUGUGCAUGGGAAGUAAAAGUGAUGCAUGUACAUUUGAUGAACAGCUGGUGGAAGGUACAAAGAAGCAGAAGACAGAGGCAUUUGCCAGCCCUGAGGGGGGGCAAAGUUUGAGACCAGUCUUAUGCUUUGUCUUGCACAAGCUUUCACAUGGAAGUGGUUCCUGUAAUAAGCACAGUAAUCGGUUCACAAGCUUACAAGUAAAGAUUGAAAUUGAACCCAAACAAUCAAUCAAUUUUGGCUUGUUUCAAGCCAAAAUUCAUCAAGAUCUCAUCAAUGUUCAAGCCCAGACUCGUAGCAUCCUGAAGAACAAGAUCAAAGAAAUCAAAGUUGAGAUUAAAAGAGAGCUAUCCAAAAUCAAAAGCAAGUUGUCUGGAAAACUACAACACCAAACUAAUUCAUCUGAGAACCCGCAGGGAUAUUCUCAUAAUCAGAGCUCUUCUUCCAAAGAACUUGAAGAAUGGACACCAUCAAAGCCGUUCAAAAAAUCAAUUGGAAAGCAAGGUCUGGAUUGGAGUUCAAAAUAUCUCCCCAAGAAGGUUCAAAAUGUGGUUCUUGCACCCAAUGCACAGAAUGUUUCUGGCUACAUCAAAGACAAGGCUAAACAUGCACGAGAAAACUUACAUCUGGUACUCUUGACUGGUGUUAAAACUCCUUGUAAAAGUGGAGAACCUACCCCCGCAAUUCCGGACCUUUGUGAACUGAUUGACUCAAUCUCCGCAAUAUGUAAAACACUAGAAGGCAAUUAUCAGACCGCACGGAAACGUUACAAGGGAACAAAGAUUCUUGCACGUGCAAGAUAUGCCUACUUGUGGCGCAAAAGCCUUCGGAUAUACAAAUUAGAGGCUAAUGGCUUCUCAAAAUUGAUUUGGGAAGCAGUAGAUGAUCAACUGGCCAAGCUACGCCAGGAAGGAAAAAAAUACACCACAUGUUUUUACAAUAUCAUCUAUAAAUAA